AUGGCUACUACAAGACUUCGCAAAGCGUUUCGAUACCCUGAUGAUUCAGGUGAUGAUGAACAGGGCCGAGAAGAGCUAGACGAAGAGGAACAAGACGUCGUAAUUAGACAAUUACAGGCACAGAAUGACAAGCGGAAUUCCGAGUAUACUGUCAUCUUCUCGGUCAUUCCCCUCUUGUCAGCAACGAUAUACGUCCCACCGAUUAUCUCAAGCUCAUCGGCUUUAUCUGAACGGUUUCUCUCCAUUCUAAGUGUCAUUUCCCUGUUGUUGACGGCCUAUACUAUGAAGUAUCAUGCAAUCGAGCGUGCAGACCCAAAAGGGAAAAGGCCAUUCACAAAGGCAGACCUCAUCACGUCUGCCCAAAAAUAUGCCAUCCCUACUAACGCUGCAUUGUGUGCAUUAUUGACGCUUGCGUCUAUCAUGGCCUCGCCGACUGCGGUCGUUACAUAUUUCAUCCCGGCAGCAAUACUCGCGACCAUUUUGAUAGCGCGGAAAGUAAUGGCGUCCGUCGACAUCAGGCAUCUUGAGAACCUCCGCUAUGAUUACAAGGGCGCCUAG